CUUAAUAUUUUUGGGAAAUGGGUAAAAUAACCGACAGUGUUUAACCUUCUUGUAAAACUUUAAUGGCCUUUUGAUAUGUAGAGGCUACAUUCCUCUCUGUUUACUUUUUAGUAUAGACCUACUGUAGGCUAUCAUCAUGGAAAGGAGCAAGAAGGACAUUAUGUCCUUUUUUGCCCCUGUUGGCAAAAAGCAACAUAGAGAGAGUAAGGAAGAUGAAGAUUAUGAAAGAGGAGAGAGAGCCAGAGGUGGAGAGAGAGCCAGAGGUGGUGGUUGGAGAGGUGGAAAGUGAGGCAUCUGAAAAGCAAUCUGAGAGUGAGGAUGAAGACAUUCAGGAUCAGAUUGAGGGACAGAAUGAGGGACAACCCAACAAGUCAUUGGGACAACCAGAUUCAGCAUGCAUAUCAAGUACAACACCAUCAGAUAUCAGCAAGUGCUUGGACAACACUCCAGUGCAGCCACAUCUGAAGAAAAGACUUUGACACUAGACUGAGAACACUCCAUCUCUGCUACCUGUGGACUCAGGUUGUAAACAACACCAUGGACAGGAAGAUUAUACUGGCCGUUUUGUGUCUGAUUGUCCUAAGUGCAGCUCAGGUGGGCUCUGCAGUGGACCCGACUUCACCCGCAAGCACAGCUGAGAUCGACCCCACAAUGGAUGUGACUUCACCCGCAAUCACAGAUGAGAUCAACCUUACAGCGGGCAAGACUUCGCCCCCGAACACAGCUGGCACAACAGCAACAAUUGCACCAGUAACUGAAGUUUUCACGUUGAUCUUCCGCAUCAAGGAAACCUUUGUUCCAGCACUGGCUAACCCAAAUUCUAAACAAUUUAAAGACAAAGCUGAAAAAGUCACUCGUGAGAUUGAACCAUUGUACAAGAAAGCCUUUAAAAACUUCCAUCUCAUGCAAAUCUUCCAGUUCAGGAAUGGUUCUAUUGUGACACACAGCCUCAUGUCUUUCCUUUCUGGUGCUAACGUGACUGACACCAAAGUGAAAGACGUCCUUGCCAAAGGAGUUAACAGCUUGACCUUUCCUGUUGAGCCAAACUCCAUCAAUGUCACCCAUGUUAUUAGUAAUUCCAUGCCACCAGUGAUUGCCAGCUCACUUUCCAUGAUAUGGAUGUCUCUUCUACCACUUCUACUUUCAGCGGCAUUGCACUGUUAGCUCUAAGCCUGAUCAGAAAACGCACACUACUGUAUAACUUAACAAUGCUAUUUAACAUUUCAACCUAUUCUACUGUUGUAAGUAGUUCCUUUUGUCACCACAAACAGUAACAUGUAUGUUUGCUUUUUACUGAUUAAUAUUUAAUUCAUAAGCUCAAUGGAAUCGGGUGUUUUUAUAAACAAUAUCUGCUUUCAUGAGAAAAACAAAUAUUUUAAAUUAUGAAACUGAGGAUUUAAUGAUGGUGGUGACAUACCUGAACAUUUCUCCACCUCUAAACAGUCCUAUUGAUUGCUGUCUUUCAUUUAUUCAAUUUAAAUCGAUAGGAAUAUUCUUGAAACAGAUGUAUAGUUAACAGGAUAAACUAAUAUGUCAAUGUCUAGUCAUUUAUAUGUACACUAAUUUAUAUAUUUU